UUUUUAAAAAAACAGCCUUCGCGUUUGUCGCUGGCUAAUUCGCGAGACGUGGUGCCGGUAAUAUUUAAUAGAAAAAUAAGACUCAUUAUCUCUUCGUGUUCUGUUCGAGACAGAAUAUCGUACUGAACUGGACCUCGGGCUAUAACGGAGAUCGCGCACGUGCGGAUCGGAGAACGCUAGUCCAGCUGCUAGCUUGUCACAGGCAACAAGGGGAAUUUAGCGGGCAACUCAGUUAGCGGCUAGUUAUGUCUUUUCGCCGACAGAACCAACCUGGACCCGGUGGCCGCAAAACAUCCAAUGGAACUUCAGGGUCAAUGGCUUCAUCCGUUCCGGGGAGCAACUCGAACAGACCCACCCCGGGAAGAAACCGAAACUCUGUGAAGCCUCCCUCACAGUCACCACCUGUGUUUGAGGGUGUGUACAACAACUCACGGAUGCUCCAUUUUCUUACAGCCGUGGUGGGCUCCAGAUGCGAUGUUAUGGUGAAGAACGGCAGUACAUAUGAGGGAAUCUUCAGGACUUUAAGCUCACGUUGUGAGCUGGCAGUGGACGCAGUGCACAAAUUGAAAAAUGAAGAAGGAGAUGGCGGUGGUGGUGGAGGCACACCAGUCCAUCCCAGGAGAGAAGAGAUCACAGACACCAUGAUCUUUGGCCCUAAUGACCUGGUCACUAUGAUCUGCAGAGAUGUAGACCUCAACUACGCUACCAGAGACACUUUCACAGACUCUGCAAUUGGUUCAAGAGUAAAUGGUGACCACAGAGAGAAGGUCCUCCAAAGGUGGGAUGGUGGCGAUAGCAACGGAGAAAAUUUUGAUCUGGAUGCAGAUGCAUCUAAUGGCUGGGAUGCCAGUGAGAUGUUCCGCUUCAAUGAGGAGACCUAUGGGGUGAAGUCCACCUAUGACUCCAGUCUCUCCAUGUACACGGUUCCUCUGGAGCGGGGCAGCUCUGAGGGCUUCAGACAGAGAGAAGCUCGGGCCGCCCGAUUGGCCAGUGAGAUUGAGGGCAAUCAGCAGUAUCGCUACCGGGUGGCUCUGGAGAAUGAUGAGGGACGAACCGAGGAAGAAAAAUACAGCGCUGUGCUUCGGGACAGAGACCGUGAUGGAGGAGAAAGGGAAAGAGGAAGAGAUAGUCCUGGGUUCUCCAGUGCUGGGAGCAGGGAGGGCAAGUACAUUCCUCUACCACAGAGGGCAAGGGAGAGAGAACUGGGAGUUUCUGGAAGGGGUGAAAGAGGAGCUGUAUCCACCCUGCCUAAUCGAGCAAAUAGACCUGGCACCUCGAGCUCUUCACCUAGACCCCUCUCCUCUGGAGGAGGUCAGACCCUUCCUCCCCCUGAUAGGAGCAGCCCUCUGUCUGUCAGAGGAGGAUACUCUGCACACCAAUCACAGAGCAGUCCUCCCACACAGCCCCGCCCCUCAGAACCGGGUCACUCCAGCCCUCCUUCCUCACACACACUCUCACAUUCACUCUCACACCCACAGUCUCUCUCAGACUCAGCCCGGCCUGUCAAUGGUGUGUCAUCCAGAAUGUCACCCAAGUCUCAAAGGCCUGGACAGACCAACAGAAACCUGCGUACCUCAACCACUCACUCCUCCCCUACAGUCUCUCGUUCCCCUAAACCGGAUGCUCCUUCCCAGGACACUCCUCAGUCUAAUCCUGUCUACUUGGAUACCUCGUCGGUUACCAAAUCCACUGGCCCCACCCCUCUGUUCCCUGUAGAUGUGAAUGAAAUCCUGUCGAAGGAAAGGACGGAGAGUCCAGCUAGUCCUCAGGAGAGCAAGAGCAGCAAAGUCUCUUCAGUCCAGUCAAGAACAAACUAUGAGGAGCUUCGCCAGUUUGGUAAUCAUUUUAAGCUUCCAUCUAGCUCCACCGUUUCCAACCCCAAAACUUCAACCCCUGAUUCUGCUCAAGCAAACCCUGCCCACAAUACACAGACAGACCCCGCCCCUCUAACAGAAGCUAAAACAGCCCCGCCCUCAACUCCGACCACAGAGCUUCCAGCAGAGGAGAGAAGUAGAGAGACAAACGCAGAGGGGGUGGCGACCACCACCCCUCCACCAGCCACACCCAUCUCUGCACCCUCUGGCCCUGCCAUGCAAAAUCCAACUGCAGAAGGGCAAACAUCAGGGACGCCCCAACCUGCAAGGACCCCAGGCAUUGAGGAGGGUAAACCCGAGGCCUCUGAGAGACCAGAGGGCAUGGCUGAUCAAGUGAAGAAAUCUACACUCAACCCCAACGCCAAAGAGUUUAACCCCACCAAGGCUCCUCUCACCAUGGUGAAGCCCUCAGCCACUCCCACCCCACCACGACCAACUCCGCCCAGCCCCACGGUGGUGAUGCAGCCCCCUCCAGGCCAGGGGCACAUUUACAACGCUCAGUACCUGAGCUAUGUCUCACCCAUACAGAUACAGGGCCACUCUGUACAGGCACCUCAAAUGUACCAAUAUCCCAUGACAGCUGUCAAUCAAGGGAAGUACCAAAGGGCAAAAGGUUCUGUGGUGACCCCUCGUCCAGACCACAGCUCUUCAGCGCCACCUAUGAUGCAGGCGGCAGCAUCAGCUGCAGGACCUCCUCUGGUGGCGUCUCCUUACCCUCCCUCUUAUCUGCAGUACAACCAGGUCAUACAAGCAAUGCCCCACUACCCUGGACCGGUGUAUUCUAUGCUCCAGGGUGGACCACGAAUGAUCGGAUCAGGAGCGCACCCACAGGCUCUGGGUCCCCCAGGCCCCCAGUACCCUGGUCAAACUGAAGGACCACAAGCCCCUCAGCAGGGGAUGUAUGCUCCACAGUCAUUCUCUCAUCACUCCGGUCCCAUCCAUCAUCCUCAGCCCUCCAGCACCCCCACAGGCAGCCAGCCACCCCCUCAACACCCCGCCCCCAGUCCAGGACAGUCUGGUCAGCCUGGUCCUCAGCCUCAGUCUUUGUAUCACUCUGGGCCGCUGUCAGCCCCCACACCCCCUAACCUGCCCCCAGGACACAGCUCGCCACAGGCCUCCUACUCCCUCCAGGGCUACAGCCUACAGGGACACCAGUCCCUGCCUCACCCCUACCCCUCUAUAGGACAGCUGACACAGACCCAUGUUCAAGGUGCUCUCUCGGGUCCUCACCACUCAACCGGUCAUGGCCCUCCACCUGUGAUGUUGCUUCAUGCCCCACCACAUCACCCCAACCCUCAGCAGGGUUCCGGCCCCCAGCACGGGCCUCCUCCACCCCAGCAGGGACACCACCAGCACUACACCUACAUUGGACCUCAGAUGUCAGUGCAGGCUCAUCCUUCCCAGCAGAUUCAGUUCCACCCUUCUGGAAACUGAUCUCCUAUUCAUCUGUACAUAAGAUCCAACUGAACAGAUUUUGUUUUUAGAUACCUCUGGCAAGACCGAAUGUGCUUGUUUUAUUUUUUUUCCUGUUUUGUUUUAAUUUGAGUGGACUUUAGACAGUGUCUAAAGCAGAAAGAGAGAAAGAGGGAACGAGGGAGCGUUUAAGACAAAACAAAAAUGGAAAGAAUGAGGGACAUUUUUAUAAAAAUACAAUGACCUCUCCCUUUGUCCUCAACCCCCUUAUUAAAUAAGCAAAUAAAUGGUAAAAAAAAAAAAAUACAAAAAAAGUGUAUAAAAAUAAAAUUUUAAACUCUC